GCCGCACUGCCUGGUCUCCUCCUCCUUCGUCCUUUUGCUCGUCCGCUGUUUCAGACAUCCCGCCAGAUUCAUAACACUCCGUCCAUCCUCUUUGUUUCCUUUCUUCCCACACAAUCUCCACCUGCUCCCGCGGAACUAUCGCUCCUCAUUACUAUCGGCAACUGUAUUUUAUUUUCUCCUUUGUAAUAGCACCACACGACCGACGUCGUCUUUGUACACCCUUUAUCCGACUUCGCUGUGCCUGGUGCACAGAAGAGACCGAACACAGACGUCACCGCCGAUUAUCGAGGCCUACCUUCGCAUUUCCCGACACGGCGUCAUCUGCCAGCGCCGAGCCUAAAUAUAUAUACACUGUAAUUUAUACUCACCACCACUGCCGCACACAAUGUUUGCCACACAACACCACAUGGAUCUCAGCCUAGACACCCGCAAGCGACAACGGGAUGACCCUGACGUUGGCCCGACUUCAACCAGCUUUGCUGAGCACCGCAACAAACGAGUGCAAUGCCUCCCUCUACGAACAUCGUCCAGCCAAAUGCCCGAGCAAUGGCCGCCCGCUACCGAAACACAUGUCAAUGGCGUUCAGCCGGAUCAAUCGGUGCCUCGCUCGCAUGCUGCAACAUGGCCUGCAGACUGUAUGCAAACAUCACAAGAUUGUGGGUUAGAGACGGCGGAUGCAAUGGAAACUGCCAACUCGACGUCAUUUGAUCGCACAGAAUCGUCAUCCUACGACGCUUCGGGACGCAUGCCGACCCCUAUCCAAGCAAACUUCUCUACCAACCUGCGUGCUACGGGUCAAUACUGGGCUGAGGUGGCUGGCCGUAAUGGCCUGGUCAAUAUGGGCCAUCAGCAGACAAGCCUUACCCAAAACUCUGACGGCACAUGGCAAACCGUGCAACACAACCACACACUACCUUCACCAAUCUCGGAAAACGACAACGCAUCUCCAGAUCAGGCCCACAUGGUCAUUGAUGGUUGCCAGGCGCAUUCGACGCAAUAUCCCGAGAUGCAGCACUCCAAUGCCAUGAUGGAUGUCGAGAGGCUGCCCAUUCCGGAAGAGGUCGGCGACGUUGCUUCGCCUAGCCCUCCUCGCAAAAGCCACACGCGCAACCUUCACACUGUCAACAGUUGGACGUGGCAACCAGGAAUGAAGAAGAGCUUCAGCAUUGGCUUCCGCGCUGACUGUGACAAGUGCCGGGAUAAAGUUCCUGGCCACUUCAACCACAUUGUCAUCUCGUAGACUAUGUGUCGAAGGCUAUCCCUCAAUAUUUUGCUGCUGAUGUAGCACACGCCAUUCUUUACGCCUAAUACGCGAUUUCCUUUUCUGUCAAACAAUUAUGCAUUCUUAUAGACCGGAGCGAUGGGACUUUACACUUUGAUAUUUUUUUGAUUUUACACAGGCUUGGCUUUCUUUCUUGUACAAAUACCCAACUGCAGCCUACACACUCUUUUCUUCUACCAACGUUAAUUACUUUUCGCUAUCUUCACCCUGUGGGUGGAAGAACUACAUUUUGCACUUUUUCGACAGCUUUGAUACUUUCUGAGAAGGAUAAUACUAGGAGGCGUUUUUACUCUUUUCGUUAUAUAUACAAUGACAGGCUCACUAGAGCUAUAAUUAAAUUGAUUCGGGUUAACCUCGCAUAUGAUUGUUUUUGAUAAUGAGAGUUGUAUUGAGGUGAUUUUUAAAUGAUGUUCGCAUUGUACCACAGGUAGUAGCUCGUACUCAGUACAAUAGUUUGGCCAGGGGAUGAAAAGUAUCCCCAGAGCAUGCUUAAUGAACAAGAAAAGAACCAGAAAAAAAAAAGAAAACUCCUAGGCGCCAUCUAAAUGCUCCCACCCAAAGAACUUAUGAUACAACAUAUGUCUGCUCUCCCUCCCCCGCAGAUAAAUAUUUCAACAGCCAUUUUAGUCCUCCACACCCUUCUGCGUAUAUAUCAUGUACAAUGUUGAUCAGAUUUUCUUUCUCGAUGCCAAUUUUGCAAUCUACCAUGGCCACCAGCUCUUCUUGGCGGGCUGAGCGGCGCCAGCUGUGGCAAGGCCAAGCUGGUCAAGGCUACCGCCUCGACGCUGGUUCUCAAGCUCGCGGUCCCAUGCUUGCUGAGCGUUGUUCUGAACAGCAACACUGGCAGACUCAACAGCUGCGGGAACGCUCUUUGCAGAUCUUUCCUCCUGCUUGCUACCACCAAAGAGACCAGAGAAGAUGCCGAGGACGCCCUUGCCAGCAGCCUGGUUGACGGCAUCAGCGGAACCUUGGAAAGCCGACUGAACGUGUUCUUCGAAAUGGGUUCGGUGCUCAGCAGGUGCCAUCAGAGGAGGCAGCUUGACGCCCUUGGCCUCGGCCUCAAGGUUGGCGGCCUCAACGAGAGCAACCUGUUCGGGGGUCGCCUUGUCCUUGAGAUAGGCGAUACGGGCGACGGCGAGUUCAUCGUUUUCGAGCUUGCGCUGGGUUUCGUUCCACUCGUUGCGACGAGCGCGGUUGUAACGGAGCAUGUCCCAUACCGAGUAUAUACUGACAAUGGCGGCGACGACUAAAGAGUACGUAUGUUAGCUGACAGUUGCUUUCUGACAGACGAAAGAAAGUCUUACCAGUGAAGAGGACGAGACCACCAACAGUCCACUUAUGGGCGACGUCGAAGAAUCGUCUCGAGGCAUCGAUGAUUUUAUCCGUUUGGCUGAUCUGGGCUCGCUGCGCAGCCAAAUGCGCCAUUCUCAGGCGCUGGACGCGCUGCUCGGGGGUUUCGCCGGGAACACGGGAGGACUGCUUUGCAGCGGCAGCAGCAUUCUGGGCUGGGCUAGCCUUGGGAACUGCAGCAGAGGUAGCAGCCUUGGAGGCAGCGUGAGGAAUUGUCGAUGUAAAUCGCGUUGCGUCCUUGACGGAGCGAGGGCCGACCUUGGAAGCCAUUGUUGGAUCGGUUCGCACGGACUGCGGCGGAUGAGGAUUUUCGAAUAUUAAAAAGGGUAUAGUUUUGAAGAGGAGCGAUUAAAGAACAGUAUAAUGCAAGUAAAUGUAGUUUUGCGAUGCUGCCCUCGCAAUGAGAUGCGCC